GUUCAAAGUAACGUUACUGGAGAGAACAGAAAGCAUGGCCGCCUGAAGACAGUGCCAAAUCUUUGAGCCGUUCGGCGAUUUGGAUGAAGGUCAAUGAUUUUUGAUCUGAUGAUUUUUGUCGUACUAUGGUGUUCUUUAUAAUUUUGUAAUAAAUUUUUUGAAAGUGUUUAAAAAAAUUGUUGAUUCUCCGCUAGGGCUACUGCCAGUAGGUUUGUUAUUUCAGAAGAUGCUUCUCUUUUACAGUUUAUGCACAGAUUCUUUUUUUUUUUAGCUCGCAGUGAAGUUUAUAAAAUGCACAGUUCUCUGUUACUAAAGUAAAAAGCAGACAUUUUAUAUGUUUUGUAAAUUAUAUUCAUUCAGUUUUGUAACUUUGCAGAAUUAACAAAUCACACUGUAGCCUGCAGUAGAAAUAAACUGAUUUCUAUUAAUGACUAAUGGUCUUUCAUUAAGUGUCCUCGAGAACAUGAUGUAACUCUGUGCUUGUGCACCUGUCAUAGUCUGUUACUCAUAUUCAGCAUGUCUACAAGUUUUUUUAUUUAUUGAUUUUGCGACUGUGCCAUAAUAUUCGUAUUAUAGCUGCUGUGCAAAGUGGCCACUGCCAGUAUUUUGCUUUUAAAUAUGUAUAACAUCUGUUAUGUGCGUAGUAAAUGUAAGUGGAUACUUAAGGUCCAAUAGAUUGUAGCAUGAACAUUACGAGAAAACUCAUCAUUAAUCAUUAACUAAUAAUCAUCAUUGAAUAAUUACUUUUAAGUACUAAUUUAUUAAUUUUUAUUAUAACCUAUGAUCUAUGUUCCUCAGCAAACUGUUAUUGAUUAUGCAUAAGUUUGUUCAGAGCUGAUAAUAAAAACCAGUAAAGGUUUCCACAGAAUUCAGAUCCCUCAUCCUCCGGCAGGUCACAGUCACACUGGCUGCUUUAGGUGUGGUUUUGCGCAAAUGGCUCCGUGGACUCUGUAUAGUGGGAGGUGGUUGUUUGGCUCGGUAUCCCCACUGCAAUAUCCAGCAGGCUUCAUGUGUCAAACGCUCUGAGGGUCCCGUGGGGAAACACUGGCGCAGCUGCACCGCUAGACGGCGCAAGCGCGCAAAUCCUAAAUCGCAGCAUUGGCGCAGUCUUUCUUCCAGUCUUCAUUCACGGUGCUGCAUUACAUUCUAUAGCAAUAUCAAGAAAACCCUGCCGGCUGCUUCUUUAAUACAGAAAACUGCAGUAAUGGCAGCUCCAACAGAGUCAUACAAAUAUUUGGACCAGAGUGCCUUUAACUAUGAUUAUGAGACAUUAAGGACCACGGGUGUCAUCUUGGCUUCGGUUAUGUUUGUGGCUGGGAUUCUCAUUGCUCUGAAUCAAGUCCAGAUGAAGGCCUUCAGCCACAAAAGACAGAAAUUCCCCCUCAGACUGUGUAAAGAAGAUACAUAUGUGCGAUUUGUUGGCCCAUUUCACAGAGGAAAUGCUCAGACGAAGGUUACUUACAGGAAUGUGGAGGAAAGUAGAACAUACUUGACCUCUUUUUGUAACCUCAGCUUGAAUGGUGAUCUAUUGCUGUAUUUUUAGGUCUCUUUAACACUUGUGCUACAGUUUGUCCAUGUUUCUUUCUAUUAUUCAUUAUAACUGAAUGACAUGAAUUAUCGUAUCUUUAAAAUUUAAAAGCCCACUUUACCUGAAUACAAGGUUUUGGAGAAAUGUACCUUAUCUGGCUAUGAUUUAUUUGAAUAUGCAUGGAAAAUUGCUUUAUGGAAUUGGUUCAAAUGCAUAAGAAGUUGAACGUGCUCAUGUCUUUUUUAUCAGCAUGGAAAUACACUGGUAUGUAAAUAUGUUUGCUUAUGAUUUAACAGCAACUGAAUGUACUUACAAUAUUUAACAAAUAUUUGAGGAAGCAGCACAUGGUAAUAAAAUAUUAUAACAGUACUGUAUAAUCUAUCAAAAGAUAAACGGAAGUGUAAGGGAGGAAAUCAUUGUGAUAUUUUGAAUCACAUUAUUCCAUUGGCAUGUUUGACUGUUAUUGGAGGAAUGUUUAUUAAUGGUUAUUUAUCAUACUUUUACACUAAAAUGAUUUUUUUUGUUGCUUAUAUGAUGGAGUUUGUUAUGAGUUUGAUUAAAACCACAGUCAUAUUAAAACGCUGGAAACAAUAAUAUGAAAGUCCAUUUUUAUUUAUGAUCACAUCUGUCAUGUACCAAAGUCAAUAAAAAAUUAAGUUACAGAGA